CCAUGUAGCUCUCAACACAGAACCUCUUGUGUUCCUUUACUGUGAAAAGUUGUUAUUGAUAUUUUCAAACCCCAUAUGAGGUUUUUUUAGCAUGUACUGUAUAUUUGAAUGACUCCACUUGCUGCCAGUCCUGGACCACGUUUUGUUUCCAUUCUGCUUUUAAAGACUCCUGGAGAAACAGGCACUGCAGGCCACUGUGGACCGAUUGAGGCUAGAAUGAGUGAUACAGACACUUCCACAGAGCAUGCUCAGUGUCCUCUGUUGUCAAGAAGAAAGAAGAACGUGUUAACAGAUACUCCUGAACAGCAGAACAGAAUCUUGGAAAAGCAGAUUCAAGAGUUGCUGGAAGUGAACAAGCAAUGGGACCAACAGUUUAGAAGUAUGAAAGUGCACUAUGAAAAAAAGAUCACAGAACUGAAAGUGAAACUUGAAGUAACUGAGAGAAAUUUCAGCAAACUGGAGAAAGAGAGGCACCAGGGAAAGGAGAGCGCGAGACAGCACACUCUAACCAGAGAUCGACUGCUACAGGAAGAGAAAGAAAAGGAAACCUUAAAUGGUGAACUGAAUGGAUUAAAGAAAGAGAAUGAGCUUCUGAAACUAAAGAAUGCUUCAGUGAACAAGAAGAAGGAGCAGUGUGAGUUGGAGAUAAAGCGCCUCAACAAGGCCCUUCAGGAUGCCUUAAAGAUGGAGAACUUCUCCCUUCUGGAGCCCUAUUUGCACCCACCCAACAGGAACUGCAGCCACGAGGAGUUGAGGACACAAAUGGAAGUGCUCAGACAACAGGUUCAAAUAUAUGAAGAAGAUUUUAAAAAGGAGAGAUCAGACCGUGAGAGACUCAAUGAAGAAAAAGAGGAGCUGCAGAAGAUUAAUGAAAGUUCGCAAUCCCAGUUGAACAAGCUGAAUUCUCAGAUAAAAGCUUGUCAGAAGGAGAAAGAAAAACUUGAAAAACAAUUAAAACAGGUCAAAGACCACCGAUCUCCAGUGGACAAACAAUAUUGCUCUCGUCAGUUAUUCCUCUCACCAUGCAACUGUGGACUGCUUUUUCACUUACCAGACCCCAGGGAACAGAGAGACACACGGGUGAUACAUGAUCAACAGCAGCACCCACCAGACUAUCAGUGGUAUGCUCCUGACCAGUUUCCUCCAGAUGUGCAGCACAAGGCAAAUGGUUCCUCUGAGAAGGAAGCCCAUCAAUAGAAGUGUCGACUGGAGAAGCACAAGUUAAAGACAUUCCAAUCUCAAUCCAGUUGCUUUUUAUCGUGCUUUAUUUCUGUCCACAACUGCGCAUCACAACUCCAUCAUAUGAGCCUGGUGAUGUUUCUCAUUGAACCCACUGGAGGAAGAGAUCCUUGGCAGCUGUAAUCUGAUAAAUUGAGUUGGUACAGCAAAAUCUAACUUCCCUUCUCCUAGGGAAGAGGUUUGUCAAGCUUAUUCUGUGUAUUUCUUGUUAAACCUUCGUUUGUAGGUUGCUGCUGGAGUUAUGAGGACAACACCUGUGACUUGGGCAACUCUGCUUUUCAUGCAAUAUAUGGGGGUUUUCUGUAUUAAUUUUCUUGCAGGAAGGUUCUGCCUGAGCAGGGUUCUGCCUCCAUUUUUCAUGGAGCUCUUCUUCUGCACCCCUCUGAGCCUGCCCAGGUCCUAUGAACAUCGAUAUUGACCUCAGCAUUAAAAAAAUACCUAAGGGCAGAUGAAGCCAAGGAAGUAAUGCAGGCUUCAAGUGGAUGAUUUCAACUUAAUGGAAAUGUUUAGUAUGAAGAGUUUCUGGAAUUGCUGUAGAAAAUGAAUUUCAUUUUCAGGGGUAAAAUAACACUGGGCUUCUGGUUAGAGCCCUUGUUGAGCACAUAUUUGAGUAAAUGAAAUUUCUGGAACUUUUCCAGAGGAAUAUAUUGAUUGGAUAGUGAAAUCAGUGUAUCUGUGUCCAUUGCAACUGAGUAAUUACUUAACCCUCUCUUAAGUUCUUUGGGAUGGAAAACUAAUAUUUCAAAAUGUACUUGUAUAUACUCAACCACAUGACAGAUGGUUAGAAAAUGCAGCAAAUCAUAAUCUGCUCAUAAUCCGCCCUCAUGUACUAUACAGGGGAGUCUGCUGGGCAGCCUGAAGAUCUUCCUUACCACGGAAGAGGCAAUUGUUUUAUUUUUAAUGGCAUUUGUUAAGUGUUUACUAUGUGCCAGGCACUGUUCUAAGUUCUGGGGCUAAUCAGAUUGGACACAGUCCCUGUCCCACAUAGGGUUCACAGCCUUAACCCCCAUUUCAUAAAUGAGGUAAUUAGAGGCCUAGAGAAUUUACAUGAUUUAUGUAAGGUCGCCCAGCAGACAAGUGGUGGAGUCAGGAUUAGAAUCCAGGUCCUUCUGACUCCCAAUUCCUUGCUCCAUCUACUAGGCCAGGGUGUUUCAUAUGUAUAUAGCUUUCCUGUGGUGUGUGUGUUCUGUUUCAGGUGACCCAUAAAUUGGUAUGUGGGGGGGAAAUAGCUACUAUAUUCUUGAAGUUAAACAUUUCAAAUGUUGGUUUUAUAUAGUUCAGGAAAUAAAACAGCCGGAUGGUUGGGCACACCAAUCAAAUGAAAUUGUAGCUUGCAGUUUGGAAAAUAAAAUUCAAAAUCAUUGAUGUAA